UGUUUUUCACUCAAAUUUAGGUGUUUUGUUUUGUUCUCUGCAGAUUCAAAGACGCUAAAAGAAGAAAAGAGGGAGGAAUUAUUUGAAAAUUUAAAGGCUGAUGAAUCAAUUGGUUGGGCUGUGGAUGUCAUAUAUCCAAAGGAGCUCUCAGCCAAAAUGUUAAAGAAGAAUAAGAUAAAUCUUAAUGAAAUUUCACACGACUCUGCAAUUGGCCUCAUCAAUAGAGUACUACACAUGGGAUUUCUCCUAACCGAGUUUUAUCUGGAUACAGUGGGUGAUGCUGAGAAAUACAGAAUUAAACUGUCUGAAAGAUUUCCCGGUAUCAAAUUUGUGGUUGCAAAGGCUGAUAGUCUCUAUCCAGUUGUGAGUGGAGCGAGUAUAGUUGCAAAGGUCACAAGAGAUAGAGCCUUGCGGGAAUGGGUGUUUGAUGAAACGGCAGAUAACUUGCACAGGAACUUCGGUUCCGGAUACCCUGGAGGCCUGGUUGAAAGAUCACAAACACUUGGGGUUUUGGAUUCCCAUCGUUGGUCCGUUUUAGCUGGGGUACAUGCACUCCCUACUUCAAGGACAUUGUUGAUCAAAUCCUAUGGGAAUCGAUGAAAUGGACGAAGUUGUUUCCAGAAGUCGUCAUGGCAAGCGGCAAUUGAAGUUAAGCAAUGUUGGUUUCACAACAUCAAGGAGGAAGAGUGAAGAAACUGAAUCAAGCAGAAAGGGACGCUGCAAGUUUUUCUAGGCUCGCAAACUUGAGCAACUUGCUCAUUUCUAACUUGUCACAUUUUCACUAGUUUCAGUAAUCUAUCUUCUUAGAUUAUUCCUUCCCAUGGAAUUUCACUGGUAGUAUGCAUAAAGAGAGCAGAUGGGAUUUCGGGCUUGCUAGAUGUACAUUAAUGGAGUGGACUUCCAUGCAUUCAUAUAUUUAAGAUUUUUCUUGUGAACA